AUGUCGAACAGGUUGGCAAGGGCUGGAGAGCGGAACCCGGCUCUGACGGUGUAUGUGGGUAAUCUGCACGAGGAAGUGGAUGAGGAGCUAUUGUAUGAACUGGGAAUUCAGGCCGGUCCGGUCGUUAAUGUUCAUAUACCACUGGAUCGUGUCAAUGGAAAGAACUCGGGAUUCGGGUUUCUCGAGUAUCGGUCGGAGAAAGACGUCGACUAUGCUGCUCAGAUCUUGAAUGGAAUCAUGCUGUUUGGCCAGCCGCUACGAGUAAACAAGUCUCAGCAGGAAAAAGCCAAUUCUAUUGAUGUCGGAGCUCAAGUGUUUGUUGGAUCUCUGGAUCCUCUGGUCGACGAGAAAACCCUGUCCGAUACUUUUUCUGUAUUCGGAAGACUCAUACGUCCUGCUACGAUUAUGAGAGAUGAAAAUGGACGGUCUCGUGGGUUCGGAUUCAUAUCAUUUGCAGAUUUCGAGUCGUCGGACCGGGCUAUAGAGUCCAUGAACGACCAGUAUCUCAUGAACAGAAAAGUCCAACUCAACUACGCAUUCAAAAAAGACGGUAAAGGUGAACGUCAUGGUGACGAGGCCGAACGAUUACUGGCUGCUGAAGCCAAAAAACACAAUUACAGUUUAACUCUGGGUGAAGGAGGUGUAUCUAGCCCGGGAAAUUCCAGCAUCCCCAAAGGCCCACGAGCGUCACAUUCUUCCCGCGACGACGGACCAGAAAGUGACAGCGACGGAGACGUGCUCAACGACCUCUCCCAAUCAAAAAAACCACGAAACCGCGGCCGUAAACGACAGCCACGAACCAAACACCGCGACGACCUCAGCGGCGCCAACGCCAUCCCCACAGGCCCGAAACGGGGUUGA